UUUUUUUGUCUAGUAGCAGUGCUCCAUUCUGAGAAGAAAGCUCCUUUUGUUGCACCGUGCAAGUUUUGGGCCGAUAGACGUGGCUGGCUGGCGGUCAUGCUCGUAGUACUUACUAGCUACCUGUUCCGUGAAUCAUUCUUCUGUCUUUCCAAGUAGUAAUAAAAUAUGCAUUAUUUUCAAGCUCCAAAUAGAAUAUUAAAUACUAUUUUCUUCAUAAUAUUAUUCUUCCUUUCUCACGCUAUAUAUACAUCUACAUAUUAUCUCCCUCUCUAUAAUCUAUACAUAGAGGUUUUAAGACGUCAAAAACCAGAGAAAAUGCUGCCAUAUCAAACCCUGGAAGAAGCAGCAUUGGUUCUGGGAAGAAACCUAACCUUGGCAGAGAAACUAUGGUACAAUUAUUCAGCUGAUAAAUCAGACUUCCUUCUGUACGGUCACAAUAUUUUCUUCUUGUGCUUGGUGUUCUCCCUGGCUCCUCUCCCCUACGCGUUCAUCGAGCUCAGUAAGUUCGAGUACAUGGCCAAGUUCAAGGUUCAAACAAAGAUCAACAUAUCAUUCUCCGGCAUGUUUAAAUGUUACAAAGCUGUGAUGAAGAAGUUUAUCGUCGUGGUGGGUCCUCUUCAAAUCAUUUCCUUCCCUACCGUUAAGUGGGUUGGAAUCCAUACAAGCUUGCCAUUGCCAUCAUUCUGGGAGAUUUCGAGUCAAUUGGUAGUUUACUUUCUCAUAGAGGACUACACGAAUUACUGGCUUCACCGGCUGCUCCACAGAAAAUGGGGCUACGAAAAGAUUCACUACAUGCACCAUGAAUACAGUGCCCCCUUCGGAUUUGCAGCUCCUUACGCCCAUUGGGCAGAAAUUCUUAUUCUGGGUAUUCCCACUUUUCUUGGUCCACUCAUGAUUCCAUGCCACAUUAUCACUCUCUGCCUCUGGACCAUUUUGCGCCAUGUUGAAGCCAUUCAGACACACAGCGGGUAUGAGUUUCCUUGGAGUCCAACCAGAUUCAUACCAUUCUACGUAGGAGCAGAGUACCAUGAUUAUCACCACUACGUUGGAGGGCAAAGUCAGGGCAAUUUUGCUUCAGUUUUUACCUAUUGCGAUCGUAUUUAUGGAACUGAUCGGGGUUACCGUCAUCACAAGCAAGCCCUUAACAAGCUGAAGGGCAUGUGAAGAAGACGAACAAAUUGGAAGAACUAUAUAUGUGAAUUAUUAUUAUUAUUAGUUUUUCGUAUCAAUUGCCUGCACUAAUGUGAAAUAUCUGUAUCUUUGUUUUCUAAUUGCAAAAUAAUAAAGUAUUCUAUUUUCUCUUUUGUGAU